CGCCAAUUGCGCCACAGUGCAUUGUGGGAAUUCAAUGACCGGUGGUCUGUUUGUGGUGUCUCUGGACUGCUUUGUUGACAUAGAUAGCUAUAUUUUUUAAUUUCUCUGCCACUGUAACUUAGAUUUACAAAUGCGGGGAGACGAGUCAGAUUCCGACUCCGGGCGGACGGACGAGAGCUCCGUCCGAAAGAGCUUGGAAAUGCUUUGUCAGGAGCUAAAUAUGGACGAACAGACGGCAUCUGAAGCCAUGCAAAACUUCAAGUCGAUUUGGAAUACAUACACACUGGAGGGGGAAGUAGUUCAUUGGCUAGCCUGCUCUCUCUAUGCAGCCUGCAGAAAGGGCUCCACUCCCACUGUGGGUAAGGGGGUGAUGGAAGGCAACUGUGUGUCCCUGACUCGAAUACUCAGGACGUCAAAACUGAGUUUGAUUCAGUUCUUCAACAAGAUGAAGAAAUGGUCGGAUAUGUCCAACUUAUCUCAGGAAUUUCGGAAUCGCAUGGGCCGCCUGGAGAGAACCUUUGAAGUGUCAACUGUGAUCUUUCGGAAGUUUGAGCCCAUAUUCAUGGACAUGUUCCAGGAUCCUCAAGGGGAGCCCCCACGACAGCCUAGAAGCAGAAAACACAGGCGCCUGCCAUGUCACGUCAGCGAUGUAUUCAAAUUCUGCUGGACCCUGUUUGUGUACACUAAAGGAAAUUUCCGUAUGAUUGGUGAUGACUUGGUGAACUCAUACCACCUCCUGCUCUGCUGCUUGGACUUGGUGUUUGGAAAUGCCCUGCUAUGCUCCAACAGGAAAGACCUUGUCAACCCACUUUUCAAAGGCAUGCCCAGCAUCUUCAGGUUGGAAAACAACACCCCGGACGAGCCGCCAUGUGUCAUCGAUCGGCUGUGUGAGCUACACGAUGGCUUGGUGGUGGAGGCCAAGGGCAUCAAGGAGCACUACUUCAAGCCCUACAUUAAAAGGCUCUUUGAGCGGCAGAUACUUAAAGGGAAUGAGGAGCUGCUCACUGAUCUUCUGGACACACCAAAUUUCAUAGAUAACAAUAAAGCGAUAAACCGGGAGUAUGAGGAGUAUGUGCUGACUGUGGGGGACUUUGAUGAGAGGGUGUUCCUGGGGGCGGAUGCCGAUGAGGAGAUUGGGACACCCAGGAAGGCUGCACCAGAACCCCGGGCCUGCCAGCUGUCAGCCCGCAUGCAGGUGGAGAGCAACCUGCAACAGCACUUUGAGAAGAAGCGCACCCUGGCCCCCUCCACUCCUUUGACAGGCAGACGUUACCUGAAGGAGAAGGAGCUACUGGUGACCCCUGUGUCCUCGGCCACGCAAAGCGUCAGCCGACUCCAGAGCAUGGUCUCGGGCCUGCGUAGCGCCCCCAGCGAGGCCCUGAUGCAGAUAUUCAAGUCAUGUUCGCGGGACCCCAUCGUAGCCAUUCUGAGCAGAGUGAAAACCCUGGGCGAGACGUUCAAGCAACAUUACACAAAGGACUCAGAGGAGCUGCCUGGAUCACACAUGGAUUUUGCUGAGAACAGGAUGAAGCUGGCUGAAAUCCUCUAUUACAAGAUCCUUGAGAACGUCAUGGCCCAAGAGACAAGGAGGCUACACGGCAAAGACAUGGCUGUGCUGCUGGAGCAGGACAUCUUCCACUGCUCUCUGAUGGCCUGCUGUCUGGAGGUGGUGCUGUUUGCCUACAGCUCCCAGCGCACCUUCCCCUGGAUCAUCAGCAUCUUCAAACUACGACCGUUCUACUUCUUCAAGGUCGCAGUUAUAAAUGAGAACUUGUUCUCAACCGGCCUACCUGGUGAAAUAAAGGUGAUUGAGGUGUUCAUCCGCUCAGAAGAGGGUCUGUCCCGGGACAUGGUGAAGCACCUGAACUCCAUCGAAGAGCAGGUGCUGGAGUGCCGGGCCUGGACAGCAGACUCUGUGCUGUGGGAGGCCCUGGAGCAGGCUCACAACAAGGUCCCCACCGUGGAGGAGGUGAACUUCCCUAGUAGUUUUGACACGGGGAACAGCAAUGCUGGUCCCUCCCACCUCCCUCUGGUGGCCCUCUCCCCCAUUAUCCACCCUCGCAUCCGCGAGUUUAGGACGGGCCUGAGCAGCGCACGCAAAGACAUUCCUCCAUCGCCCUUAUCCGUCCACGACCGUUACAGCUCCCCGGCGGCAGGCAGUGCCAAGCGGCGUCUGUUUGGGGACGACAGCAGCAGCCAGGCCCAGCAGUCUCCGUCCCUUGCCAAGAGGAUUAUGUUCACACCCGGCGGGACGCUGAAGAUCGACACUCCCACCAUACUCAAUAUGACCACAGCCAACGGCCAGCAGCUCAGCAUCCCACUGCAAGGUAUAAAGAAUGAUCUGGGAGGCAUCACGCUGAUCCAGGUACAGACCAGAGGGGAGCCCGGCAGUCCCAUUACAGCCCAGGUCCUCUUGACAGCCUCCCCCAGCCGGCCCAUCCCGGCACCCCAGGCCCAGCCAGACCCCCAACAGAGCCGGCCCCGACGCACCGGCUCCUUGGCCCUCUUCUUCAGGAAGGUGUACCACCUGGCCAGUGUGCGGCUGAGAGAUCUGUGCGUUAGGCUGGACAUCUCGGCAGAGCUGCGGGGCAAGAUCUGGACUUGCUUUGAGCACUCCAUCGUCCAGUGUCCGGAGCUGAUGAAAGACAGACACCUGGACCAGCUCCUCCUUUGCGCCAUCUACAUAAUCUCUAAGAUUACGAAAGAAGGCCACACAUUCCAGGACAUCAUGAAAUGUUACCGCAGUCAACCACAAGCCAGCAGUCAUGUCUACCGCAGUGUCCUCAUCCGACCCAGCAGCACCAGAGAACAGCCCUCAGACGAGAACAUGGAAGUGGACCCCUCUGGUGGAACAUCUUUAAUUUCAGCUGCUGAGAAAGCCGACCAGAGCAGCAGAGAGGAGGCUCUUGCCCAAGGCGAGGAGCGCGGCGACCUCAUCCAGUUCUACAACUCUGUCUAUGUGCUGAAGAUUAAGGGCUUUGCCCUCCGAUACGCCGCCCCCAGCAUGGACAACAGGAUGGAGGCCCCUCCUCUGUCCCCGUUCCCCUCGAUGAGAGCCCAGCCCCUGUCCCCCCGUCGCAUCUCCCAGAGACACUCGAUCUACGUGUCCCCACACAAGAACGGCUCCUGUCUCACCCCGAACUCUGCCUACACCUACAAGAUCAACGGCAGCCCCUCCAAAGAACUGACUGACAUCAACCGGAUGAUCCGCCAGGGCGGGGUGAGCAGGAAAAGGGCCUUUUCCAUGGAGGGCGACUACUUGGGCGAGUCCCCCACCAAACGGGUGUGUCCCGAGAGUGAGGAUGUGCUGCUCAAACGGCUGCAGGACGUGGUCAGCGAGAGAGCCCACCACUGAGAACCCCACCCUGAAACUCAAUCUCCUUUUAAGAACCCCACAUUCCAGUGCCAACAACUCAUUAAUGUCUUCUGCAAGUGCUUACCCUACUUACAGCAUGAGUCUAUCUUUUUCUGGUCAACAUUUCUUUGUUUUCAGAUGUGAUUUCAAAGUGAAGGACAAAGGUUGGUGAUGAACCAAAACCUGCGUUGCUUUUAAAUUGUCCAUGGACUUCAAGACUGUGACCAAAAUAGGCUUUUGCUGCUGAAUUUGUCUAUCAUAAAUGAUCCUUUGGCCCUCUAUUGCAUUGUAAAUUAUGCAGGCGGUAUCAUAACAGAAAGGGCUAGUCUCUAUAUGAAAUAUGGCAGUUGACUUUUCCCUUCAUGCUGCAUUUGUGUAGUAUCUACACUUUUUAUUUGGUCUUAUUUUAAGGGAAAUUUCUGAGUUAUGGUUAGUGGUGCUAUUUUUGAUAAAAUAUAAAUUUGUUUUUAAUCUUAACUCAACAUCUUACAGUAAAUCUAAACAUUUUACAUUUAAACAUCAACUCCAUACCAACAUGUCUGGUAUUGCACAAUUACUUGCUUGAUCCUUGAUGUAGUAGGUGCUCAAAUUUGAUGGGUUUCUUAUCAGGAGUUGAAAAUCCAAAUGUUACAACAACCGCAUUUAGUAAUUGAGCAUCAUUAUGUCAUUCUAUUCGGAAAGUAUUUAGACCCCUUGACUUUUUCCAUAUUUUGUUAUUAUUCUUAAAUGUAUAUUUUCCUCAUCAAUCUACACACCAUACCCCAUAAUGACAAAGCAAAAACAGGUUCUUUAGAAA